AGAGAGAACUCUGCGAACUUCUCCAUUGGCAAGUUCAAAACAUUUGAAACCAUUUGCAAAAGGACAAACACAUUUUUUUGCAAAUUUUGCCACAACUUUUAUUUUAGAACUUUAUAUUUUCUUGUCACCAUGGGCUUUUUGACUGCUCUUUUCGGUGUGACACUUGUUGCUUUGUGUCAAAUCUUUGGAAGUUACCAUGUAAAUGCGGGGAUGUGCUGGCUGCAGCAGAGCCAGGAGCAGCGCUGUGACAUGGUGCUGAUGCGUGGGGUCAGCAGGGAGGAAUGCUGCGCUGGGGGCCGUCUAGACACGGCCUGGUCCAACACCAGUCUGCCCAUCAAUGAGGUCAGCCUGCUGGGCUUCCUGGGAAUCGUGUCCUGCAAACUCUGCAAAGAGACCUGUGAUGGUGUGAAAUGCGGCCCAGGGAAGGUGUGCAAGAUGAUGGUUGGACGUCCUCAGUGUGUGUGUUCUCCUGACUGCACUAACAUCUCCAUAAAGCAUGCUGUGUGUGGGAGCGAUGGGAAGUCCUACCGUGAUGAGUGUGCUCUGCUGAUGGCCCGCUGUAAGGGCCACCCUGAUCUGGAGGUCAUGUACCAGGGAGAAUGCAAAAAGUCGUGCUCCAACGUGGUGUGCCCGGGUACCCACACCUGUGUGACGGACCAGACUAACAGUGCCCACUGUGUCAUGUGCCGCAUGACCCCCUGCCCAAUACCGCUGAAGUCCGAGGUGCCUAUCUGUGGCAAUGACAACAUCACCUACCCCAGCGCCUGCCACCUCCGCAGAGCCACCUGCUUUCUGGGGCGCUCCAUAGGAGUGCGUCACUAUGGCAACUGCUCUAGUGUUCCGAGGAACAGUCUGGAUUUGGAGGGCAGUGAGGAGAAUUCACUCUAGAGGGACAGUUCUGGUGUGGUCCACCUGGUACUACAGUCCACCUGGUAAGAAGAUUUCCAAGAGAUCACCUUCGAUAGGUUGUUGUCCCGCUGUUCACUCCCCAAGCUCUGAUUGAUGUUGACAUCUUUUUUACAAUCACCUAUCCCCUCCAUAUCUACCACCUGUACAUAGAAUGACGAUACAUUUGAUGUGGGAGAACCUGCUGGAAGAAACCAUUUUUAUUCCAAAAGGAAACCAAUACUGCAUUUGUUGAUGCAUGCAAUGUAUGUUAAAUGGGAUGAUUUGCUCGUAAAACUGUGGAAACAGAUGAAAGGCGUAUAUCUUAAAAAAUAAAUAUCUAGUCAACUUUGAGUAGAGGAAGAUAUGUGUAUAUUGUAAAUAAAUACCACUACUAUUUAUUGGAGAAGGUAUCAAAUCUGUUAUAUUUAUGUUUUUACUCUGUAUUCAAAUCCAUAUAUCCAUAGGUCAGCUUUUACAAAAAAAUGUAUUUAUUGUAUUUUGUUUUCAGAUGUACAUGUAUUUCAAUGGCCACUGACAUUCUUUUAUUUCAGAGAGUUGUUUUUAUUUUUGUGUUUUUUCAUAUCCCUAAAUGAAGUGCAUUAGUCCCCUAAAAGCAACAUGGCAAGCAACCUCAAUUUGUUUGGUUACUGGAUACCACAUUUAGUAUAUGUCAAUCAUGUGAAGUUAUGUAUGUCAAGUAUGUUUCAGUCUUUGUUUGGAGGUGAGGGAAGACUCAGCCAAAACAAAGUAUACAGCAUGUCUCCUCUUGCUCUGGCUACACAGAGUAUGAUACUGUUUACGCUGGAGCCCAAUCAAAACUCUGAGCCACACGCUGAUUGCUGAAAUUAAAAGUUUAGUUCUGUCUGCAGCAGUUUUAUUAGGCUGUUUGUUUGACACCACGCCUUUACAAUACCUCCACUGUUGAAGUCUUGGCUUUGUUUAUUUCAUAUGUUUGUAGGUCAUUUGAGUUUAAUAUAAUGCCAUUCGGGUUGUUGAAUACACCAUAACAGUGGAACUGAAAAAUCGGACAAAUGUUGUUAGCCUUAUCAAAUUGAAAACAGAAUCAAAUUUGUCUGGGAAUGCCAAAUGACCUCAAGUUAACUCACCGGAUCCCCAGACUUUGCAGCUGAAUAUAUCUGUUCAAUGUUGAAAUACUGUCAACCAUUUGAACCAAAUGGGCAGAUAGCUAUUUGUAAAUAGCUAUUGGUUAUUGUAAUGUGAAUGAAUAGUACUUCCCAUUUAUCUAGAUGAUUUAAUUGAUUUUGGGAUAAAAAAUAAAUAAAUACAUACUGUUGUUGAACAAUUAAAAGUAGUUUAUUGUAAAUACAACUCCAUUUCAUGUACAUGUACCAGUGUACCUACUGUGAAAUUUAAAUGAUCAAUGUAUCUUCUUAUUUUUGUAUUUUUUGUACUCUCAACAUAAACUAUACUAUUUGUCA